AUGAAGAAAGAUACGGUGACCCUUGGCAAAGUCGACUCUCAGAGCCAAAAUGAGCCCAUCUUCACCGGCGACGACUUGCGACUUGCUCAACUCGGACACGCCCAGGAAUUGAAUCGACAAUUCUCCCUGCUUACACUGGGUGCACUAUGUGUGUGUCUUAUGGCAACAUGGGAGGCUCUGUCGAGUGUUGUUGCGCCGGCUCUUGUCAGCGGCGGCGCCCCUUGUUUGUUCUAUAACUUCCAGGUGGCAGGACUUCUGCCCACGGCCAACCUUGUGUCCGGCUUUCUCCAUGGGGCUGGCUUUCUGGCCAUUCUUAUUGUUCUCGGUGUCAUGGCCCCGAAGAACACCGCGUCCUUCGUCUUUAAGGAAGUCACUAACUCCAGUGGCUGGGAAAGCGACGGAAUCUCUUGGCUCGUCGGGUUGAUUAGCGCCGUCUACCCGUUCUUGGGCUACGAUGCCGCAUGCCAUUUGGCCGAGGAGUUGCCCAACGCGAGUCGCGACGUUCCAAUUGCAAUGGUCGGAAGUGUCAUCGUCAACGGCGUAAUGGGCCUCAUCUACGGCACCGUCUUGCUCUUCUCCACUGGCCCCCUCGACGCCCUCCUCUCGACCCCGACCGGAUACCCCUUCAUGCAAAUCUUCCUCGAUGUCACCAAGUCCCACGGCGGCGCGACAUUCAUGUCCUUGAUCAUCAUUAUGACUGCUAUCGCCGCCACGGUCGCGGGUAUUACAUCGACCUCACGCACGCUCUGGGCCUUUGCCCGUGACAGAGCCACCCCAUACGACCAGUACCUGAGCAAGGUCAACAAACACUCACAGAUCCCGAUCUACUCCGUUGUGCUCGUGACCAUCCUCCAGAUGCUCCUUGGCUUCAUCUACAUCGGCAACACGACAGCCUUCAACGCCAUUCUGUCCAUGGCCAUCAUCGGAAUGUACUCAAGCUACAUCGUCCCCAUCGCGUACAUGCUGUUCGGCCGCAAGAACAUCAAGCACUCAGACUUUGGUCCCUUCAAGCUCGGCCCCACCGUGGGCCCCGUAUUGAACGUGAUCAGUUUGAUCUGGAUGGUCGUGGUCAUCAUCUUCAGCACGUUCCCGUCGGCGAUGCCAGUGACGCCGCAGAACAUGAACUACUCGAUCGUUGUGAUGGCUGGGUGGCUCCUGUUUGGUAUCAUCUAUUACAUCUCAUACGGCAGCAAGAAGUUUGAGGUGCCGGUGGUGGAUAGUAACGUGGUAACAGGCAUUUCUGUCCCUGCAGAUAUCAGCGUCUAA